AUGAAAAUAUUUAAAUUUUUAGAUGAAUUUAAAAAGUCUAAUCAUUUUGUUAAUGAAGCAAAACAAUCUAAAUAUAUUAUGAUAAAUUCAAAUAUUCCAGAGAAACAACAAGACAGUCAACCAGUAACAGAUGAACAACAAUUUUUAUUGAGAUCUAUUGAAUCAUAUCCUACAAUAUACACUUUUUAUAAUAACCUUGCAUUAACUAUUUCAAAUGGUGAAUCGGUGACACUUCUUAAUGGACAAUCAAUGACACAACAACAACUAUACCUGAAAGCCAUUGAUUGCGAUCCAACCAAUUAUAUUUCAUACAAUAAUCUAGCAAAAUCUCUCAGGAGAAAAGAAUCGAUUACACUUCUUAAUGGACAAUCAAUGACACAACAACAACUUUAUAUGAAAGCAAUAGAUUGUGAUCCAACCAAUUAUAUUUCAUAUUAUUACUUGGCACUUUUACUGAAGAACGGUGAAUCAAUCACUCUUAAUAAUGGCCAAUCAAUGACAAAACAUCAACUAUUUUUGAAAGCAAUAGAAUGUGAUCCAACCAACGCCAGUUCAUUCUAUAGCCUUGCCUGUAAUCUUACAAAAGGUGAAUCAAUCACUCUUAAUAAUGGACAAUCAAUGACACAACAACAACUAUUUUUGAAAGCAAUAGAAUGUGAUCCGAGGCAUUCAAAUGCUUUUGUUGAACUUGGAUAUAUACUACACACAUGUGUACCCAAGGGUGAAUCAAUCACUCUUAAUAAUGGACAUUCAAUGACAUUACAACAAAUAUACUUGAAAGCAAUAGAGUGUGAUCCAACCAAUCAUGUAGCAUAUUAUAACCUUUCAUUUACUCUUCCACCACGUUCUAGCAAAUCUAUUAAACUUUAUAAUGGAAAGUCUAAGACUAGUUUCAGACUAUUAUUGAAAGUACUAGAUUUAAAUCCAAAUUAUUCCGAUGCAUAUAUACACGUGGCAAAUGGACUUGAUAGAGAUGAAUUUAUAUAUCUUAAAAAUGGUACACCAAUAGAUGCAUUUAGUCUAUAUAAAAAGGCAAUAAUGUGUGAUCCAUCAAACUAUUUUGCAUAUGUGAAUUUGGCAAAUAAAAUGGAAAAUAAGGAAUCAAUUACUUUACAAACAAACGGUACACUAGCGACUUAUACAAAGAAAGAUCUAUAUAUCAAAGCAAUUCAAAUUGACCCAAAUAGAUAUUAUGCAUAUUUUAAUAUAGCAUAUAAUAUGAAAUCAAAAGAAACAAUUACACUCAACAAUGGUGCUAUAAUGACAAAACAACAAUUAUUAUUGGAAGCAAACAGAUUAGAUAAUACAAAUAAAUUUAUAUACAAGUAUAUUGGACUGACUCUGAAGAGCAACAAACAAACUAUUACACUUUCAAAUGGUGAACAAUUAUCAAAGAAACAACUAUUGGAAAAAGCAAGAAAUAAAAAAAACAAAUAA